AUGGGCGUUGGAAAGCCUUUAAAUCCAGGAGCGCGAGACAAGCUGAGGAGAAGACGAUCGUCGGCUCCAGGCCAGGAGACUGGCGAGGAGGGUGAAGAGAAGAGCAGUGUGGGUGGCAGCACGGGCGUGGCCAGCACCAGCAGUGGCAGCAGUGGGGCCGGCAGUGGGGCCAACACGGCUUUCAUUCACAAGCUGUGUAGCAUGCUGGAGGACACCGCAAUGCAGGACCUGAUCUGGUGGGCCCCAUCGCAAACAUCGUUCCUGAUGUGUCCUACAGAACGCUUCAGCAAGGCACUGUCGUCGUACUUCAAACAUGCAAACGUCGCCAGCUUUGUGCGGCAGCUCAACAUGUAUGGCUUCCACAAGGUCAACGAUCACAAGGGUCAGCAGCAAGCCAAAGCCAAGAUCGAGGCCUCGGCCAGCGGCUCAAAUGCUUCCAAGCGGAACAGUGUGAGUCCUGACUCGCACGCCGACUCUUCCACUCAUUCCGCGAACAACAUUUGGGAAUUCAAACAUAGCUCUUCUGCAUUUCGUCGAGGCGACGUAGAGGGUCUCAAACUCAUCAAACGCAGGUCAUCACGCUACCAGGCCUCUAUACGCAAAAACUCCAAUAGCACAGCCUCCACGCCGUUGAUUAACACGCCAUCGUCAUCCGAUCAAUGGCCAGAAUCCCAUUAUGGUCCACGCAGAUCAGGAUCUUUUGUCGAUACUACGCAUGCAUAUCCCUAUCCCCCAAUGCCCCAAGCUCCACUUCCAUCCUCUGCGCCGGGCACAACAAAUUUGAUAUAUCCUCCUGUCGAUUAUUUUGGGGCCGUACCGCCUCAUUAUCCGCAGCAGCAACAACAACAACCACCACCACCACCACCACCACCACAGCAGCAGCAGCAGCAGCAGCAGCAACAGGCCUAUAAACCAAUACAAUCCCAGUUUCACUUUCAGCAGCAGAUACCAUCACAACAACAACAACAACAACAACAAUCAAUUCAAAAUCCGCAGCAAUCGCACAUCCAGCAGUCGCAACAGCGACCGCCAAUAAAUAAUAAAAUGAGUGAAGUUUCGCAAGGUGCUGCUUCACAGGUGAUCAGGCCUGAGAAUUUCGCAGCUCAAAACUGCUACGAAUCAGCAGUUGACGAUCUUCGUAAUAAUAAUAUGGAUAUGAUUAAAAUAUUAGAUCUGAUUCACAACCUAGUUUCGUUGUCGCCCCACUUGUCUUAUAACAACCAGGGCAAAGCAGAAGAUAUCAAGAGAUCAACUACUCCAACGUCUAGUCAAGUUAGCACUAAUGAAGCUGGCUUUUCACCUCGGAACGCCUCUGCUCAGCAACAAAACCUUGAGCAUUUAGUGGGCGAAAUAACGAGAUUGAAAAAUUCUACGAUGUACAGACUACAACGAUCAGUGGCAAUGCAGCAAAAUCCAAGGUCUUUUCAGAAUGCUGCGGAUUAUUCAAGCAUUAAUCCCUACUCUGCUUACUAUCAAAGUCGUAGUAACCCUCUCCCAAAUCAAAACUCUGUUUCCUCGCCGGCUUUGUCUCAGUUGACCAACUCGCAGCAAGCUUCAAUGCCACAAGCUUCUCAACAUAUGUACUAUCCAACACCAUUUGCUCCCGCAGGUACAGCAGGGCUCCCUAACGAAUAUUUUGGAAUCACCAACACCAAAUCAGCGGGCGCUUCAGCACCAUACCUUAUGAUGAAUCCGUUUGAAAAGAAGGGCUCCACCUCCUCAAGCAAGAACAGGCAUAUGAGCGUCUUAAUGGAUCCGCUCGCUCCCGCCCCAAUGAGCCAUGGCGUGUCCGCGGUGUCGACAAGUGUCUCGCCAAAUCCUAUACAACAGCAACAACAUCUGCAACAACAACAUCUGCAACAUCUUCAACUACAACAACAACAACAACAACAACAACAGCCGCCUCAGCAGCAGCAGCAACAACAACAAUCACAAUCACAACAACAAUCACAACAACAAUCACAAUCACAGCAGCAGCAGCAUUUUUACAUGGGUCACCCAAUGGCUAGUCCACAGCCUAUCAGUUACGGGAGCAAUCCCAAAAAUCAUGUUAAAAUGUUACCAACAUCGAAUCCAGAUGCUAGUCAUGACGCUAGAGGAACUGAAAGAAGGCCUUUGUCACCUUCAAUCGCUGAGAUGCCAAAAAGCUAUCUUCCUGCCAAAGCAAGUGCCAAGACGCCAACCGGAACUCCGGUUAAUGCCAUGGCGUAUAAACCUUAUUUUCCUUAUGGGACUGUGCCGGGAGCAGGCCCAACUUCGCCAUCAGGUGGGCAGUCCUCACAGCAACAACAGAUGUCAAUUCAAAGUUGCAUGCCACACCACAACAAAGCUCCGCAGCAAAUUACACCGCGUCCUAACCCUACCCAAAGAGGUCCUUCGCCCUUAAACUCACAUGAAGGAGAUGCGUGUGAUCAGGAGAGACUUGAAAAGACUCGUCCCCCUAGUCCUUCGGCUGGGGACCAAGAUUUGAAUGCUGCCCGUCGCGAUGAGACUACAGGUAGUUCCUCGAGAUUGUUUUCACUGCUCAAUUAUGACCCGAAAGAGCAAUCUUCUAAAAAAACGAAGUUUUGA